AUGAUGGACACAUACGCAUCUACACAUCACCUUGUAUCUAUAAAUCCAGCAAUUGAUCCUAACUUCAGUGGUAAUCUCAUUAUUGACAAGCAUGAUGAUCAACCUAUUGUUCGUAUAUCUUUGUAUGCAUUCUAUCGGUGCAACAUCACCAAUAUCACUCUUCCAGAUUCCAUCAUUUUUAUUGGUGACUAUUCAUUUUCAUCCUCAAAGAUCGAAUCAAUCACCCUUGGGUCACAAUUAUUUCAAAUUGGUAAUGCUGCAUAUUCAGGCUCUCAAAUUAAAUUUGCAAAUUUUUCGAUAGCAAAAUUAACACGUUCUCUUGGAAAAUCUAUUUUUUAUGGAACAAUGAUAGAAGAAGUUUUGUUCCCUGACUCCAUGGAAGUUUUCGCUUUCACUUCUAUAUUAUACCGAUUUUUUGGAGAAUUUGGGUUUAUAUGUGAUAUAGAUUUUGAAUAUAAGUUAAAUAGAUAUGAUAGAACUUUAACUAUGGCAAUAAGUACAUCUUUAAUAUAUUUCUAUGCUUCAUCAUUUAAAUCUUAA